CGCGAUCCUCUCUACGAUCAACCCGAACCGCGAGUCCGCGACGCGAUAUGCAGGCCACCUUAGACGCUGCGGCACUCAAACCUUUCACUAAGGCCUUGACUUGCAUCUCAAGAUAUGGCGACGAACUAACUCUGAACGCUACGCCGGAAUGCCUCUCCUUGUCUGCUACAAACUCGUCCAAAUCUGCCUACUGUCGGUUCAAAUACGAGAGCCAGUUCUUCCAAAAAUACAAAAUUGGCUCCUUGGAUUCAUUGGCAGAUGACAUCGAAGAAGUUACGCAAGUUACUGGUCAACUUCUUACCAAGUUACUUUUAUCUAUACUCAAGCACAGAACUGUCGAAAAAACUGUCGAGAAGUGUGAACUGUCUAUCGUAGAAGGUGGUAACACGGACGAUGAAGCUCAGGAUGGUCUUGAAAGUAGGCUGAUUGUAUGCUUACAUUGCAGACAUGGCGUUAUAAAGACACAUAGACUGCUGCUCUCCACACCUACAUCCUUAAUGGCUCCGGGUAUUCCAGAUAAUUCGACGGAAUCGUUGUUAACAAUAGGACCAAGAGCUAUCAGGGACAUGAUUGAACAUUUUACAUCCACCAAGAACGGAAAAUCUGAUCCUCAGCUCAUCUGGAACUUUGGACAACAUGAGGUCGAAGUGAAGAGUUUGGAAUCAUCUGUUGACUCCAAGGGAAAAUCUCAGCUUUCGACAGAGCUGUCAAUAAGUUCGGAAGAGUUCGAUGUCUAUAAUCUAUAUGCUGCGCCCACCGUCAUUGCUUUUCACCUUCGCGAAUUCAAUGCCACCAUUGCAUUCACUGACUCAUUAUCAGUCACUAUGGAUAUACGAUUUACAGAUCCAGCAGCGCCUCUAUUCAUAGAUGUUGACGGGGACAGUUUCACGGCUCUGUUCGUCAUAUCAACUAGCCAAGUACAGGGCAUGCCUAGCAGUCAAUCCCAGCAAGUGCUCAUUAAUAGGCACAAACGCGAGCACGAAGAAGACAAUGAAGAUGAGAAACGAUUCAAGAAACCCAUGAAAGCCGUCCGCCAGUCGGUUCCUCCUGCUUCCGUGUCAAAAUCACGGAAUGUGACUCCUGCGCAAUCUUCUAUACCUCAACCAAGUCUCGCACCUCCUUCCUCGUUCCCCCAAGCUCACCCUGAAGAUCCCGCGGCUGAGUUGAUGCCACCGCCGCCUUCUCCACAACCACGCGAGCCCCUUUUCUUCCCAUCAUCAUCUCAGAUCACCCACAAUGAAGCGGAGGAUGUGUCUGGAUUAGGCCUCGACCAGAUGACUGCAGAGGAAGUGAACAUGAUGCUUGAUGGUGACGCUGAUGAAAGCAUGCUCGACCUGGAGACGGGCGAGCGGCCCAUCGACUUGGCAAAUGAUCCAGGUAGCUCGGGCAUGAUGGAGGAACCAUCCUUUGGACCAACGCAAUCUUACCACCUGGAGGAGUCAAAAGCAUUCCAACCUCUCUUCGACGAUUAA